CACAAUGAGACUCCCAAACUUAAGACCUUCACUCCCCUGAAAAACACACCCAGAACCUCCACCUUCUGACACCAUGGUCAACUCCUGUUGUGGCUCCGUCUGCUCUGAGCAGGGCUGUGGCCAGGAGACCUGCUGCCGCCCCAGCUGCUGUGUGUCCAGCUGCUGCCGCCCCUCCUGCUGUGGUUCCAGCGGCUGUGGCUCCAGCUGCUGCAGGCCCAGCUGCUGCAUCUCUAGCUGCUGCCGCCCCACCUGCUGCCAGACCACCUGCUGCAGGACCACCUGCUGCCGCCCCAGCUGCUGUGUGCCCAGCUGCUGCCGCCCCUCCUGCUGUGGUUCCAGUGGCUGUGGCUCCAGCUGUUGCAGGCCCAGCUGCUGCAUCUCUAGCUGCUGCCGCCCCACCUGCUGCCAGACUACCUGCUGCAGGACCACCUGCUGCCGCCCCAGCUGCUGUGUGUCCAGCUUCUGCCGCCCAAGCUGUUGCUAGACCACCUGCUGCUGCCCAACCUGCUCUGGGGGGUCCUUGCUGCUGAGUAUCUUGGCCAGCAUCCCACUGUCUUUCAUCAACCAGUCUUCUUGAUAUAGUCCAACUAAGAGCUGAAGCAUGAGAGGCCAACCCUCAAUCCUCCGUUCCAAGGGACUUUUCAACUGAGUUGGCCUCCAUAUAUACUCACUCCCCCAUCACCAAUGCCCUCCUCCUCACCUCCCUUCUUACUAGCUCCCUCCCAAAGGAAUACAAAGCUUGAGUUUUCUCUGAAAUCUGUCAACCAACAUGUCAUCCCAAUCACAUUUUUGUUUCUGGCCAGAUUGUUUCAUAUGGAGAUGUUCCUAUAUCUUGAAUAAAUCUUAAUUUUCCAGGCAUACA